UGACGUCACAAUUCCCGAUGUUUGUCUUGACAACAGUACCCUGCUAGAAGUCUGUGUGAAAUAUUAAUUCUAGUAGGGAAUAUAAGGCUACCAAAAUGACUACUGUCAUGCACGGACGAAGAAAAGGCAGUCCUCAAGGCAAAGGCCAAAAAGACAUGCCCUUCUCAACUGAAAAUCUUACACAAGGCAUGCAUCUAGCUGAUGGUACUGACCUCCGACAGGUCACAGUUCUGUCAAAGAACGACUGGGAACGCAUUCAGAUGCAACUUCAUCGCAAACAGAUAGAGGAAGAAAGGACAAGGAAAAUAAGGGAAGAAAAAGAAGAAAAACAGAAAAUGUCAAAGGAAAUGAUUAAAGACUGGGGAAACACUAUUGUAGGACAGAGGCAGCGUAAACUAGAGGCACGGACAUUACGGGAGCAGAAAGAGGAGGAAGAGAGACAACAAGUUGACCUAGAGGAGGCCAAAUAUCAGUCUCUGCAGCGCAAAGAGGCGAUAGAAAAAGCAAAGACACAACAAUACUAUCAGACUGACCGUGUCAAGUCCUUCCAUAGUGCUCUCAUGCUGACAGAAGUCCUGAAGGAAAGAGAAGCUCAGUUAGAGCUUAAGAAACUGAAACAGAAAGCCAACGAGGGUCAGGACAUUGAAUACUUGAAGCGGGCCCAACGAGAUUAUGAUGCGGCAAUACAGGUUGAUCAACAGAAGGCCAGGGAAAGGAUCCAGGCUUCUAAACUAACAGCACAUUUCCAAAUCUCACAGGUGGGAGAGCACAUGAAGAGCAAUGAGAUGGUUAAGGUGGAGGAUCGUCUAGAGGGGGAGGAGCUUAAAAAGCUGGCAUCUCAGUACCACGUGGAGAAAGAGCACCUUGUAACCAUCAAGCGGGACGAGAAGGCACAAUUAUUGAAGGACAACAUGUCACAGAUUGAAAGCAUCAAGAGGAUGAAGCAAAUACAGCUCCAACAGGAGGAGGAGGAAGAUGAGGAUUGUCGUAUCUUCGCAGCUGCUAAGAGAAAGAUGAUGAAGUUGCGGGCAGAAAAGGAAUCAGAAAUCCACAUGGAGAAGCAGCGUCACCUGGAGAAAAUCCGUGAGAAGCUGGGCGCCCAGAUGAAACAGAAGGUGAGCGAUGAGGAUGAGAGGAUCAGACGAGCAGUGGAAGAAGCGGAGGAGAGGCGGGGUGCAGAGGAGGCAAUAAAGGAGGCCAAGUUACGGAAAAUGAUGUCAGAGGCUGCGGCACAUCGUGAUGGACAGAUGAAGGAGGCAGAGCAGAAGAAGAAGGAUGAACGUCGUCAGGAGCUGGAGACAGUUCGCAUCAGAAAGGCAGCCGACGAGAUCUUUGAGAGGAACGAAGAGGAGAAGCGUAUGAGAAAACGGGAUGAGACCACAGGGCUGAAGAACUUCCAACGCACUCAGGGGGAGGAGAGGGUAAGAAAUGCACAGGAUAUACAACAGCAGGCUCUCAUGCUGGACAAGGCCAAUAUGGAGCUGCUCAAGAUUGAAGAGGACCAAUUCCAGGAGUAUGCUGGUAAAGUCAUUGAGCACUGCGAACGCGGGGGACGAAAUGUGUACCCCCUCCGUAAGGCGGCACAGGCAGGUGCUGGGGGUGGCUGCGGACCAAUCUUCAACGGAAAGGGCGGCAUCCGACCGAGUUAUAUGGUGUCUGACAAGUCUGGUAAACAGAUGCCACACUACCAGAGGGACACAACUGAGGAAACCAAAAAAACCAUUUAUGGCAAAAGUGGCUCAAAGAAACGCCUUGGAAUGGUAUGGUAAUAAAGCGAUAAAGGAGCUGAAGUUUAAAGAAAAUGGAUUUUUCAAAUGUGGCAUUUCUAAAUCAAAGGAGAAGAAAA